GCCCUGGCCGACCUGGCGCGGGCCGCCCAGGUGGACCCCCUGGGCAAGGUGGUCGAGCUGCUGACCUCGCUGGAGGGCAAGGUCACGGCCGACGGCGACGCGGAGGAGAAGGCGUACCAGCUGUAUUUCGAGUGGUGCGACGACACGACCAAGCAGCAGCAGUACGAGAUCAAGACGGCGAAGGCCAUGCAGGGGAAGCUCGAGGCGACCAUCAACAAGGCGGCCGCGGACAUCGAGGCCAGCACAGGCAAGAUCGAGGACCUGGCGGCCAAGAUCGGGACGUCCGAGAAGGAGCUGAAGGACGCCACGCUGAUCCGCGAGAAGGAGGCGUCCGACUUCGAGACCGAGGAGGCCACGCUGAUGGAGACCGUCGACGCCCUGACGCGCGCCAUCGGCGUCAUCGAGAAGGAGAUGUCCAAGAACCCGGCGGCAUGGUCGGACGUCUCCGACGUCAACAACCUCAUUGGCGCACUGUCCGCCAUCACCGACGCCGCGGGGCUGGACUCGGCCACCGUGCAGAAGCUGACGGCCUUCGCGCAGCAGCAGGCGAGCGCGGAGGACGAGGACAGCGGCGCGCCCGACCCGGCCGCCUACAAGACCCACAGCGGGGGCAUCCUGGACGUGCUCGAGGAUCUCAAGUCGAAGGCCGAGGAGGAGCUCACGGCGCUGCGCAAGGCGCGCGCGACGGCCCCACCCCCGAGGCUCAUAGGCGCUGAGACGUCCUGA